UGCCCACCCGUUUUCCUGUCCCUUCCACACAACAAUAUCAAAAAAGAGAACUGAGAGAUCAUUGAUUUGAUCCAAGGCGGAGGAGAGAGACAGAGACGCUCAGCUUCAACGGACGUCGAAAGAUCAAAAUCUGAAUUCUUCUGUGUCCCAAGAGUAACCAAAGUUUCUUCAAUCUGUUCAACAAACAGAUCGCGUUGAAUUUACUGGUCCACUUCGACUUUUUUUUCUUGUGGAACUGGCUUUUUGGAAGGCUUGAUUUUCGUAUAAUUUUUACCCUGUAGUAUAUUUAGGUUGUUCGAGAAUCGAGAUGGACCGGAGAUGGUACAACGGCGGAGAGGAACCCGAGCCGUACUCUAGAGAUAAAGGACAACAGAAAUCGGAGGCUUAUGAUGAGACUGUUCUUGAGGAUCUUGAUGAUGAUUUCCGUCUUCCAAUUAGUCACAGACCAACAGAAAACGUAGAUCUUGAUAAUGUGGAACAAGCAUCACUCGACACAAAGUUGACAUCAUCUAAUGUUGGCUUUAGGCUUCUCCAGAAGAUGGGGUGGAAAGGAAAAGGUCUUGGGAAGGAUGAGCAAGGAAUAACUGAGCCAAUAAAAUCUGGUAUGAGGGAUCCAAAAUUAGGGAUUGGAAAACAAGAGGAAGACGAUUAUUUUACUGCGGAAGAAAAUAUCCAGCGAAGAAAACUUGAUAUUGAGUUAGAGGAAACGGAGGAGAUAGCAAAGAAGCGGGAGGUUAUAGCAGAACGUGAGCAGAAAAUUCAGACCGAGGUGAAAGAAAUACGAAAGGUGUUCUUUUGUGAGCUCUGUAAUAAGCAAUACAAAUUGGCUGUGGAGUUUGAAGCGCACCUGAGUUCGUAUGACCACAAUCAUAGAAAGCGUUUUAAAGAAAUGAGAGAAAUGCAUGGAACUAGCAGUCGUGACGACAGGCAGAAACGAGAACAGCAACGUCAGGAGAGGGAAAUAGCCAAGUUUGCUCAGAUUGCCGAUGCCCGUAAGCAGCAGUUGCAGCAGCAAGAGCAGCCAGAGCAACCUGGAAUUGCCGUGGCUUCUGCCGCAACUAGAAGUGCUAGUGUACUUGCUGAUCAAGAGCAACGGAAGGCAUUAAAGUUUGGUUUUUCCUCAAAAGGUGGCACCUCCAAGAACUUGGUUGGUAAUGCUGCAAAGAAGCCGAAAGUAGCGGUGGCGUCAGUUUUUGGCAAUGAUAGUGACGAAGAAUGGGGAGCCCCCCCCCCCCCCCCCCCCCCCCCCCCCCAAGCUGGGCACCAGUCGAACUAUGGAUAGAAAAGAAUGUUGUAACUUAGGAGACUUUCCCUUGCUUUCUUCUUCUUUUCCAUCAUUAUUUUCCUUAUAAUGUUAAGAUUCAUUACUCUAUCUGGCCUUUUACGCACUUGUUAUUUAUUUGAGAUUUUCCUUUUC